CGGGCCGCUUCGGGGUGGGGUUUGAGUGCACCAGGAGCGGCCGAGUUGGGUGGGGGGUGGCAGCCCUCGGAGGUUCCAGUUUGCCAAAGGGCGCAAUUUGACUUUUGGCGUGUGGAAGCCUUGGGAAGCGGUCCCGUGCCGCGGGUCGGGGUUUGGGUAAAUGGUAACCGGGAGGUGUGUGUGUGGAGAGACCUUUUUCUUCCCCCUUGGAGAAACUUCAGCGACGGAAGAGUAGAUAAGCUUGGGGUGAAAUAGACGAAGGAGUAGAUAAACUUUGGGAUGACCUAGACGGGAAGAAUAGCUCGGUAGCGCAGCGGGCAAGGCAGGUGCCAUGGCCCUGAUCGAAGGGGUGGGUGAUGAGGUGACCAUCCUUUUCGCGGUGCUUGCCUGCCUUCUGGUGCUGGCUCUCGCCUGGGUCUCAACACACACUGCCGAGGGCGCUGAUCCACUGCCCCAGCCGUCAGGGACCCCAGCACCGACACAGCCCAGCGAAGCCAUGGCGGUCACCGACAGCAUCAGAGGGGAGGCCCCAGGAGCUGAGACCCCCAGCCUGAGACACAGAGGUCAGGCUGCACAGCCAGAACCUGGCGUGGGGCUCCCAGCAACACCGCCACCUCCAGACUCCCCCCAGGAGCCCCUAGUACUUCGGCUGAAAUUCCUCAACGAUUCAGAGCAGGUGGCCAGGGCCUGGCCCCAUGACACCAUUGGCUCCCUGAAAAGGACCCAAUUUCCUGGCCGGGAACAGCACGUGCGACUCAUCUACCAAGGGCAACUGUUAGGAGACGACACCCAGACCCUGGGCAGCCUUCACCUCCCUCCCAACUGUGUUCUCCACUGCCACGUGUCCACUCGGGUGGGUCCCUCACACCCACCGUGCCCACCGGGGUCAGAGCCAGGCCCCUCCGGGCUGGAAGUAGGCAGCCUGCUGCUGCCCCUGCUGCUUCUGCUGCUGCUGCUGCUCUGGUACUGCCAGAUCCAGUACCGGCCCUUCUUUCCCCUGACCGCCACUCUGGGUCUGGCCGGCUUCACCCUGCUCCUCAGUCUCCUGGCCUUUGCCAUGUACCGCCCGUAGUGCCUCCACGGGCCCUUGGCAGUGUUGCUGGCCCCUCCGGACCUUGCUCCCCACGACACGGUGGGAGUUGCUGUCUGCCCAGGCCUGCCUCUCCGACCUGCCUCUUCCCACUACCCUGGAGCCCAGCCCUGCGCCGCAGAGCACUCCGGGGGCCAGCGGAGGCCCCUCCCUGCGACCUCCACGGCUCUGGGCCGACCCCCGGGGCAGCUGGCCCUCAGCGCCCACCAACAGUCGGCUCCUCCGGGUCAGACAGCUGCUGUCGCUGCCUGGGCCCUGGGCAGAGCCGGGCCACGCCCCUGGGCCCUUCUUAGUGUUCUGCCUGAGAAUCCAGCCACCUCUAGUCCCUGACAGCUCCUUGGGCUGAUUUAGGGACUCAAAGACUGAGGGGCCGGAGAAGGGGAGCUGGGAGGGGUGGAAGGGGUUCUCUGGAACAUGUGCAGAUUAAAUAACUGUGAA